AUGGCAUCUCUCAAGAAUAUACCAAGCAAUGGGAGCGUGACCGAAGUAGCUGCCGUCUUCAAGAAAUUCAAUAAGCAUUUGCAGCCACGGGUAAAUGCACGACUGGCUCGGUUUGAGCUUCAGAAAUACCGCCAGCAACCCGACGAGUCUGUAGAUGAUUUCUUUGCGAGGUGUAAGAAGAAGACGUCCAAGUGCAAGUUCAGGGACGCUCAGGAGACUAACGAUCGCCUGAUAGAACAACUAAUCGUGGGGACGAAGCACUCGAAAGUGCAAGAACGCCUGCUGGAGGCUGGUAGUGAUUUGACUCUGGACGAAGCGCUUGACAAGGCCCGGAGAGACGAGGCACAUGGAAGGGGCCAGCAACGCGGACGCUGGCGCCAGAGGAGCCCCAGCCCGCGGGAGCGCUACCCCCAGAGGAGCCCCAGCCCACGGAGACGCUUCGACGCACUGCAUUUCGACGCCGUCAUCAUCGACAGCGUCGAGCGUCACCAACCGCCACUAGAGCGAGAGGUCUUCGCGACCCUCAAUGUCAGCCUGGACAACAUCAACAGACCGGCCACCUUGAGAGCCAAGGUGGAUACGGGCGCCCAGGGCAAUAUAUUGCCACUGAGAGUGUUCUGCCAAAUGUUCCCCCAGCACGUCGGACCAAACGGAUACCCAAAGCCGAAGUCCGUGAAGCCGUCAAGUACCACCCUCACAGCGUACGGCGGAUCCAAGAUAAAGCAAUGCGGAACCCGUCCUAUUCCGUGCUCUUACGAUGGCAAGAGUCAACUCGCUGACUUCUACAUCACGGACUGCCCUGGCACUGCUAUCAUCGGUCUCCCGACAGCGACAGCCCUGCAGUUAGUCACGCUGAACUGUGCUGUCCAGGAGAAGCCAGCGAGCAUCCGAGACAAGGACGACCCGAUGAAGCAAUACCCGAAGUGCUUCGAUGGCAUUGGGAAAUUCCCAGGCAAGUACCACAUCACGGUGGACCCCAACGUCGUCCCGGUUGUACACCCUCCACGCCACCUCCACGCCAUCGCACUGAGAGACGAGAUCAAGACGGAGCUGGAGGACAUGAUCCAGAACGGCAUCAUCACCAAGAUCCAGGAAGGCGAACCAACAGCGUGGGUGAACAGCCUCGUGUUCCGCCUCAAAGACAAUGGCAAGCUACGCCUGUGCCUAGACCCCAAGGACCUCAAUCACGCCAUCCUGCGAGAGCACCACGUGGUCUCCAGCAUUGAGGAGAUCACCCCGAAGUUGAGAGGUGCCAAAGUGUUCUCGAUCGUCGACGUCAAAUGUAGGUACUGGAAUGUGGAGCUCGACGACGAAUCCAGUUACCUCACCACCUUCAACACACCAUUCGGGCGCUACAGAUUCCUUCGCAUGCCAUUCGGCCUCAAGAUGUCGCAAGAUGUCUUCCAAGCAAGGAUCGACCAGACGUUCGAAGGGUGCUCAGGCGUCACCGGAAUCGCAGACGACAUCGUCACAUACGGGACGUCAGACGAGGACCAUGAUUUCAACAUGCACCAGAUGAUGGUUCGCUGCGAACAAUCUGGUCUCAAGUUGAACCCAGACAAAUGCCGCAUCAAAGAGGACAAGAUCAAGUUCUUCGGCAUUAUCUGCAGCGCUGACGGAAUACAGCCCGACCCGAAGAAGGUCUCAGCGCUGAAGCAGAUGGAGCACCCGAGAACGAGGACGAGCUCCAGACGUUCCUCGGGCUAG